AUGUUAGAGUUAAGAACUAGUUCAAAUACCAAUAAGAAAAGUAGUAAACUUGAUGAAAAAAGUAAGAAAGUUAUAAAAAGUGAAAACGAUAAUUCAGAAGACUUAAAAAAACUAUAUAAUGAAGAUUCUAUAAAUAAAAUGGAUAAUUAUAUGAAUUAUUCAGAACAAAAAACUCAGAAUUAUCCUAUAAGUAGAACAACAACUUCUAACGUAAUUAAUGGCGGAAGUAUGGAAAGUGUAAAUGAUGGAACAUUUAAUAAUAACUCCAAAUGUGCUAAUAUUUCAAAUGAUUAUGAAAAUAUAAAGCAAAUAAAUGAAAAUAUACAUAUGAAUAGUGAACAUCGCGAAGGUGAUGAUUAUGAAAAUCUAAAUGAUAAAAAUAAGAAAAUAAUAAAAAACAAAAAUAAUGAAGAUCAUGAGGAAGUUGGUUUUGAAUCUCCUAAGAUAGAAUUGGAAUUAAAUGAAAAAGAGCAUGGUAAUGAGAAUGAUAUAGAAAAUGAAAACGAAAAGAUGGAAGAAUCGCAAAAUGAAAAAAUGUGUAGCAAUAAAUCUGAUUUAAAUUAUAAAAUUGAAGAUAAGAAUGGAAUUAUAAAAGAAGAAACAUCUUUAUUAUAUGAUAUGGAAAAUAUAUAUAAAAAGAAUGAUUUUCCCCCUGAUUUUAAUGAAAAUAAUCUUAGUGAUAGUAAUAAUAAUAUUAAUGUUAAUAGUUCUAAUACCUUGUUAGAUAAAGCAUGUGAGGAUGAAGAAUCAAAAGAAAAAUAUGAUGAAAAUUUUAUUAGUUACAACAGUCCUUGUGGAUACAAAGAAGAAAUAAAAAAAGAAAACCCACUAUUUAAAGGGGAAAAUGAAAUAGAAAAUAAUAUGAAUAAGUUAAAUGAAGACAUGAAUUUAAUUGAUGAAAAUAAUGUUAAUUUAAAAAAUUCCUUAAUUAAGGAACUUAUAACAAAAAAGAAUAGUAAGGAAAUAGGAAAUGAUCAAAAUAAAACACUUUCAUUAAUAGAUAAUUUAUUAAAUUUAAAAAAUGAUGAACGAUUAAAUAAUCAGUUAAACAAAUAUUUGAAUGAAGAAAAAAAUAAUUUAGAAAUUAAUAAAAAGUCAAAAGAUACAAUGUUAGAAAAUGGUAGUUGUGAUAAUUUUAAUUGUAUUGUUGAUACAGGUAACAAUGAAUCGACUAAUAAAAAUGAAAAUUUGAUGAAGCUUAAAAUUAUAUGCUUAAGUUAUUUGAGAAUUUUGAAAAGGUUGACAUCUUUAUGGAGUGAAACAGAUAAAACAUUUGAAUAUCAUUUUGUGAAUUUAUUAAAUAAUGUAAAUUCAAAUAAUUUAGAUAAUUAUUUAUGUUGUUUUUCGAAUAUAAAAAUAUGUUUCAUUAAAAAUGUGUUUUUGGAUUCAAUUAUUGAAUGUAUUGAAGAAUUAGAAAUAAUAAAAAAAUUUAAAAUGUCCGAAAAAAAGGAGGAUAUAAAUGAAAAAGGAGUAAUGGAUAAAAACGAAUUCCAUAAGCAAAUUUUAGAAGAAGUAGAAAAUAACCUAACAAAAGAAAUUAUUGAAGAAAUAUUUCAGUUAACCUUGAAAAAUCCAUAUUGCAAUAAUAAUUAUUUAAAUAAUAUGAAUACUUCAGAAGGAGAACAUAAUACAUUAUCUAUUUUUAGUGGAUCAUCUAAGAAUAAUUUAUAUAAUGGUUCAAAUUUAAUUUUUGAUUUGAAAAAAGGAAAAGAUUAUUUGAAUUGCAGCAAUAGAAAUAUAUGUAAUUCAUUAGGAAAUUGUACAGCUAAUCAAAGUAAUCAUACAUGUAAUUCGCAUACAAAUCAUUCAUGUGGUAACAUGUCUUUAAAUUAUUCAAACAGUUUUCCUUUUAAUUGUAUAAAUAGUAAUAUAGGUAAUUCUACCAAUAAUAUUAAUAAUAAAAAUAAUAUAAUUAAUAAUAGUAGUACAAAUGGCAAUAAUACUAAUUAUAAUAAUUAUUCUAUUGGAUCUAGUGGAUGUAAAAAAAAAUGUAACUAUUCAGAUGAAAACAUUUUGAACAAAUUAAAUGUUAGUAUUGAUUAUAAUUCUUAUAACGAUUUUAAUAACAAUUAUAUUCAAGAAGCAGAGAAAGUGGUUGAAAAAUAUAAAAAUUUGAGUAAAAUAAAUUCAAAAGAUAGUGAAAAUAUGUAUAGCUCAUGCAGUCAUACAAAUAUGCAAGAUAUAAAUAACAAUAAUUUAAAUGCUUAUUUGCAACUAAAAAUGUUUAUUUCUGAAUAUGAGAAUUUAUGUAAAAAUGACAAAAUAAAAUUAAAAGAUUUAGAUUUAAAUGCAAAUGACCUAAAUUUUUUAAAAUGUUUAUAUGCUCACCUAAACUCAACUAAUAUUCUAGAGGACAAAGGAAUAAGUGACAUGUACAACGCUGAAAAUGAUUCAAAAGAAUCAAAGAAAAACUACUAUGAAAAUAAGUUGAAACUAGAGUGCUCAAGUAAUAAUGACUUAAACAAAUUGAUUCCAAAUUAUAAAUUGAAUGAAGAAGAAAGUUUUGAAGACAGAGAAAACUACUCUAAAUAUGAAAGAGAUCAAGGAUUAUUAAAUUCAAAUGACAAUUUGAACUAUUUAUCGAACAGUUUUCAGAAUAUAUUAAGAAAAAGAAAAAUAUAUGAUAAUUAUUUAUCGAAAUGUAAUAAUGGUUCAAAUAUGAAUAAUAAUUCAUGUUAUGACUUAAAUUAUCUUUUAUACAACACUAAUGUUUUAAAAAAAUUAAAAUUUAAUUUAUUAGAAAAUAAGAAGAAUGGGCAUAAUGACUUUAGAAAAAAAGAUUCUAAUGAUUUAACAUUAGAUGAUAGUAGUUCUCACGUAAAUUCAAGAAAAUCCUAUGUAUAUAAAAAUAAUAUUUUAAAUAAUUUAAAAAAUUUUAAGGAUAUGUUAAAUUUAUCGCAAGAAAGCAUAAAUAAAAAAGGAUCAUUUAAAAACUCUGCAGAUCAUAUUAAUCCAAGCACAUUAUAUGAUUUUAUUUUAAAUACUAAUAGUUCAAGUAAUGUACGUGAAAAUUCUUUGCAACAUAAUACCAUUGCAAAUAAUAUAAGUAGUAAUAAUAGUAGUGUUAAUAAUAGUAAUAACAAUAAUAGUAAUGGCAUUAAUAUAAACAGCAAUUAUAAUAUAAACAAUAAUAGUAUUCAAAAAAAGAAUAGUUAUGACUAUAAUCCUGAUUAUAAUUCUAAAAUUAGUGCUAAUGGCUCUGAAUUAUCUAUAAAUAAUCAAGAAAAUAAUGAUGGAAUACUAAAUAAUGGGAAAGUAGAAAGCAGUGUUAAUUAUAAAAGUAAAAAUGAUAUUAAUAAAAAUAUAGCAAUGAAUAACAAAAAUACCAAAAAUGUAAAAAAUGCUUCUGGUAGUCCUGUAUCAACAAAUUAUGGUAUAGGAAAAUUAAAAUAUGAAAUGCCAGUUGGAGUAAAUCCGAAUGAUGAUAAAGUGAAAGGAGUUUAUUUUUCUAAAUCUCCAAGAGGAGUAGGUAAAUGGAAUGCUUAUUUUCAAAUAGCAAAUAAUAAGAGAUUAUUUACUAGUUUCAGUGUAAGUAAGUAUGGAUAUAACGAAGCACGAAAAUUAUCUAUAUUAAAAAGAACAGAAUGGGAAAAAGAAUAUAAGCAUCAUACAGAUUUAAAAAAUUCUGAUUCUAAAAAAGGAAAAAAGAAAAGUCAUGUUGCUGCAAGCAACCUAUUAAGGAGUAAUGUAAAAAAUAUAUCCAAAGGAAAUUCUAAUAAUUCUAAUAGUGAUGCUUCCAUAUCAUAUGCAAAAGAUAAUCAAUUAAAGGAAGAUUGUCUAUUAUAUUCCAAUGACGAAGAAGGUUUAAUAAGUAAUAAAAUAAAUACAGAUAUUCCUAGUGAUAUAAAUGAUCAACAAUCAUCUAAUAAAAAAAUAAAUAAAUUAAAUAUGGGGAAUAAUGGGUAUAUUAAAGUAGAAGAUAAUUUAAAUUUUUUUAUUGAAUGCGCAAAAAAUGAAAAUGAAUCAUUCAAUUCAGUAGAUUUAUUGAGAUCAAGUCUAACUAAUGAUAAAAAUAAUUCAAAAAAAAAUUCCAUGAAUUAUACACAAAAUUCCAUUACGAAUCCUUACAAUAAUGUUAUCGAUAAUAAACAUCCCUUAAAUUCAUCUAGAAUUUUAUCUAACUCUCUAGGUUUAUCGAAUAAAUAUAUUAGAAAUUUACAUUUUCCAACCAUUGAUUCUCAUGCAGUUAGCAAUUUUUUAGAAGCUGUAACAGAUGAUCAGAAAAUAUCAUCUUAG